AUUGCCCUGGGAGGGUACACCGAAAUUUGCUCAUCUCUUUCAGUCAGCAUUUUACAUGCCAAGUGUUGGGGUAGAGAAAGCUGGGCAAGCUGCCUUCUGAACCAGAAGGGUCCUACACUCGUAGGUCGAGCUCUUCCGGACGCCCAUCACACCCUCUUUCUCCAAAGUCGCAGGCCUAAGAAGCUUCCAGCAGCAAGGUCGGUGUAAUGCAUUGGAGUCCACACAAGCACUAUCUACUCCUGUGGAGAAGCUCAAGUCACAUCCCUAGCAGUGAAAAGAACCGGCCUGGGCUUGCACGCAGCUUUAGGGCGUUCAGGACGCUUGCUGUUACGCGAAGCGACGAUCUGAGUAUACAAAAGUGAGCAGCAGAAUCGCAGUACCAGCUCUCUCGCGGGUCCCACUCCAGCGGAGACGAUCAUUUCCUCAACGCCCACCUAGCAGGGAUACGGCGAGGAGCACCUGAAGCCCAAGGCUGCGAGAACUUACUCCCAUUAAGGUAAAUAAAUAACGCUAAAGUAGUCGGAAGUGACGUAUUCGGUGAGACCAGCAGGUCAGCCACGUAAGUGGCAGCCUCCUCAACUAGCCACUUUCCCCCGGGUCUGGCCGGCGGAGGAUAACUGUAGCUCAAAGUCCGUCACCCGCCCUGCCUCUGCGGCUCCCAGCAGCAUCCGAAGCAAGCGGAGCCCAAGCCCAAACCAGACCGGACAGCCUCGCAGCUCGCGCCCGGCGGCGCCUGGCGGGCAAUGGGCUUCAGAGCUCAGCCACGCGCAUGCGCGGCCCAUUCACCAGUGGAGUCCACGGACCACCUGGACAACCACGCUUCAGCCACCUGCCCCUCUGGGUCCUUUCCCACCCUUCACUCCUUCAGCUCGUUCUCACCUCUGGCCUCCGGUCUUCUGCAGUUAAAUAAUGGCAGAGACAAGUCUGUUAGAGGCUGGAGCCUCUGCAUCCUCCACAGCUGCUGCUCUGGAGAACUUACAGGUGGAAGCAAGUUGUUCUGUGUGCCUGGAGUAUCUGAAGGAGCCUGUUAUCAUUGAGUGUGGGCAUAACUUCUGCAAAGCUUGCAUCACCCGCUGGUGGGAGGACCUAGAGAGGGACUUUCCUUGUCCUGUCUGUCGCAAGACCUCUCGCUACCGCAGUCUUCGCCCUAAUCGUCAACUAGGCAGUAUGGUGGAAAUUGCCAAGCAGCUCCAGGCUGUCAAGCGGAAGAUCCGGGAUGAGAGCCUCUGCCCCCAGCACCAUGAGGCCCUCAGCCUCUUCUGCUAUGAGGACCAAGAAGCUGUAUGUUUGAUAUGUGCAAUUUCCCACACCCACCGGGCCCACAAUGUCGCACCACUGGAUGAUGCCACACAGGAGUACAAGGAAAAACUGCAGAAGUGCCUGGAGCCCCUGGAGCAGAAGCUGCAGGAGAUCACCCGCUGUAAGUCCUCUGAAGAGAAGAAGCCUGCAGAGCUCAAGAGACUAGUGGAGAGUCGCCGACAGCAGAUCUUAAAGGAAUUUGAAGAGCUUCAUAGGCGGCUGGAUGAAGAGCAGCAGGUGUUGCUUUCACGACUAGAGGAGGAGGAACAGGACAUUCUACAGCGCCUCAGAGAAAAUGCUGCUCACCUAGGAGACAAACGCCGGGACCUGGCCCACUUGGCUGCCGAGGUGGAGGGCAAGUGCUUACAGUCAGGCUUCGAGAUGCUUAAGGAUGUCAAAAGUACCCUGGAAAAAUGUGAAAAGGUGAAGACCAUGGAGGUGACUUCAGUAUCCAUACAACUUGAAAAGAACUUCAGCAAUUUCCCCCGACAGUACUUUGCCCUAAGGAAAAUCCUUAAACAGCUAAUUGCGGAUGUGACCCUGGACCCUGAGACUGCUCAUCCUAACCUAGUUCUGUCAGAAGAUCGUAAAAGCGUCAAGUUUGUGGAAACAAGACUCCGGGAUCUACCUGACACACCACGACGUUUCACCUUCUAUCCUUGUGUCCUGGCUACUGAGGGUUUCACCUCAGGUCGACAUUACUGGGAAGUAGAGGUGGGAGACAAGACCCACUGGGCAGUGGGUGUGUGCCGGGAUUCUGUGAGCCGAAAGGGCGAGCUGACCCCACUACCUGAGACUGGCUACUGGCGGGUGCGACUGUGGAAUGGGGACAAAUAUGCAGCCACCACCACGCCUUUUACUCCUUUGCACAUCAAGGUGAAACCCAAGCGGGUGGGCAUAUUCCUAGACUAUGAGGCUGGCACACUGUCUUUUUACAAUGUCACAGACCGCUCUCAUAUCUACACCUUCACUGAUACUUUUACUGAGAAACUGUGGCCCCUCUUCUACCCGGGCAUCCGGGCUGGAAGGAAGAAUGCUGCACCACUUACCAUCAGGCCCCCAACAGACUGGGAGUGACAGGUAGGGACAUGGGAAUAACUGGAAUGAGGCAGGACCAAGAGCAAUGGGCCUUCCUUCCUGUGACCUGCUGGAAUGUCUUCAUGUCUGCCUGGUUCCAGUCCUGGACCAUCUGGGAGAGACACCUUGGUUUCUAGAAUGCUUUAUGUGGAGGAGUAGGUAGGACUGGUCUAGGAUGAGAGCACAGCUACGUCUCCUCCCUGAGUGAGGAGCUAGUUCCCAGGGGAUCAUCUUCCCUGAAGUUCAUCAGGUUUUCUAUUACACAGGACAGGUUGGGAAGGAAGGAGAGGCUUUUCCAGAAACAAAAAAAUCUCUGGGAGAGUCUGACAUGCUCAGACCAGAGGAGGAAACAGGACCCCCUAUACAUCGGGGAUUCUUUAAUCCAGAAUAGUUGUGUUUCUUGAGGAAGAGCACAGAGGUGUGUAUACCUCUAGAUUGAAAUGAAAAUAAAUGACAGUUGCUUUCACGGGUCUAGAAGUUGAGUUUUUCCAAGAGCAGAGAUUGGGCAUCAAAAAUUUAGAAGGUUAGGGAAGGCAGCCAAAGGAGCAAAUUGCUAGAGACUAAUGGAGAGGAUUUCUUUGGUCUUCUAUACCCAGAGUGAGGUUGCCAUUGUCAGUAGAUUGGCCAGAGGAGAGGGUGAGAAAGAAGAGGAGAACCUAGGUCCCUAUCUCAGUCUUCAGAAGUGGCUUAUUGCUUGCCUCCUUAUAGUUGAUUGUCUCCAAGAAGUCAGGUACCUUCCUCUUCAGGGGUGAGGUGCCAGAGAUCCGGUAAGACAGUUUACCCUUUAACUGCUUUCCCAGGGGAACUUGGAAAGGAGAGAGUCAGGUAUUAGAGAAAGAGAAACAGAUUUCUAUCCAAAGCUCUGGCCUUAAAGAAUGUUACUAGUUAGUCCCAAGUUGUUAGCCUUAUUACCUGGCUAAGGUGUCCAAGCCAGAAAUGGAGAAAGGAAAUGGAGUCUUCCUCACUCUGAGGACAGGGUAGAGGAGGGUGGCGUGUAUAAGGAAGGGCGAGAUGGGCAACUUCCUUGUGCUUGUGUGCAUCUGGCCUGGAACUAGUGUUCACAGGAGCCGGUCUUCUGCUUGUUUGCUGCCAUCUUCCGCCAUUUGCCAUUUCCUCUAUCAGAGAAUGUAAAUCAUUUAAUGUUAGGCCAAAAUAAACAAUCUCUAGGGUACAUAUGUUGUCAAAAAAGGUAAAGUAAUACAUGCCAAACCAAACUAAAAUGACUUGGACUAUCUGCUACUUGGGUAAUGGGGUUCACAGAAGGUUGGGAUAAGAAACUGCAGCUUAGGACAUUUCAGUUCCUCCCACCACCUCAACAGGACUCUGUUCAGACUCUCCUCUUACCUUUGUGCCUUGACUGUGGUUCUUUGUGGCAAGAUGCUUUGGUUGGUAAAACAAUAUGGAACAAAGGAUCCACUGAAGUGA